GCACAUCUUGUUGCACGAUCUAGAAUCCAAGAAAUUUCGUGUGAAAACAUGAAAACAUUGUAUAAAAACAUCAUUAUGUUGGCAACUAUUUCUUACAGUUGUUAAGUUGCUGUUAUUUCGGUUGUUGUAAGAUGCACUGUGGAUGCAUUAGUCCUAACGGGAGGUAUUAGCUACAUCAUUAACCAGAGGACUUAAAAAGGCAUUUGAAAAAGAAAUGUUCUCGCCUUACAAAAACCAAGCAGAGGUUGAUUAAUGCUUGCAUUUCCAUUCAUUAACAAAAAAUGGCUUCAUUUUCCUUCCCUAUCACUACCACUGCCUUUGUUCUCUUGCUUCUAAGUCUCACCUCCAAUGUAUUCAACAACUUAGCAGCCAAACACAGCCACCAUUCCUCCUCCGUUAAGGCCAAAACAAACCCGAGGCUGCAAAAAGCCUACAUUGCUCUCCAGGCUUGGAAGCGCGUUAUCUACUCUGAUCCUAAAAACACGACUGCCAAUUGGAUUGGCCCUUCAGUGUGCAACUACACUGGCAUAUAUUGCACGCCAUUCCCUAAUGACACAAAAAUCCAAGUUGUUGCUGGCAUUGAUCUGAACCAUGCUGAUAUAGCCGGUUUCCUACCUGAGGAAUUCGGCCUUCUCAACGACUUAGCCUUACUGCACCUAAACAGCAAUCGCUUCUGUGGAAUCCUCCCACUCUCUUUAUCAAAUCUUACUCUCUUGCAUGAGCUUGAUAUAAGUAACAACCGAUUCGUAGGACCUUUUCCACACGUUGUGCUCUCUCUGCCUUCUUUAAAAUAUCUUGAUCUUCGCUACAAUGAGUUUGAAGGUCCAUUGCCUUCUCAACUCUUUAGCAAAGAUCUCGAUGCUAUUUUCGUUAACAAUAACCGUUUAACUUCCGUGAUCCCUUCGAAUUUAGGAUCAAGCACUGCUUCUGUUGUGGUUUUUGCCAAUAACUACUUUGGAGGAUGUUUACCACCUAGCAUAGCCAACUUUGCAAACACCUUAGAAGAAAUGCUUCUUAUUAAUACUAGCUUAUCAGGAUGUUUGCCUCCUGAAGUUGGAUUUUUGUACAAGUUAAAAGUUCUAGAUGUGAGCAAUAACAAGUUAGCAGGGGCAGUGCCUUAUACUAUUGCUGGUUUAGCUCAUUUGGAGCUACUAAAUUUAGCACAUAACAUGUUUAGUGGAAUUGUGCCAGAGGGAAUAUGUGUAUUGCCAAAACUCUCAAACUUCACAUUCUCUUAUAACUACUUUUGUGAGGAGCAAGGGAUUUGCAGCAACUUGACAUCAAAGGGUACACUGUUCGAUGAUCGUAUGAACUGUUUGCCCGAAAAGCCUCUUCAGAGAAGCAAGAAGGAAUGUGAUGCUGUGGCUGAACAUCCCGUUGACUGUUUAGCUUUUCAUUGUGGCACUUGAUAUUGGUGUUCAUGAGUUGGUUCUGCUGAAAAUAUGACUUAGUAUACUGGUUUUCGAGUUCUCUUUGAUUUUUGUUUUCAAAUUUAGUAGCCAGUGUGAAAAAGGAAAAGAAGUGCUAUGGUCUAAUCUAUGGAAUAACGUCAAUAGUAAUUUCUGUAAAUAUGGUGUGUGAUUAAGUUUUUUAUAUGUUUGUAAUUCAACUUUCAUGCUGCUUAUUUGUGCCCAAACAAUGAUUCUCAGAUUUGGGAGAUCUUGAUCUUAAUCAAGCUGGCACCCAUAUGAGAUUUCCAUACUUCUUGUACUGUAUAUUUCAUUCCGGUUCAAUAUUUAUUUGUGGUUAUUUGCAUAUAAACUGGAUGCAACUGUU